AUGAAGCCACAGCAGCAGAACCUCAACUAGAAGCUGAAGCUCAGCAAAUCCGGAUCGUCUUAAUUGGGAAUAUAAAAUCUGGAAAAAGUGCAACAGGAAACACCAUUUUACAACAGAAAGCUUUUGAAUCCAAGGCUUCAUUUUCCUCUGUGACGUCAGAGUGUCGGAGGGAAACAGGAAUGUUUGAAGGUCAACGCCUGGCUGUGGUUGAUACUCCAGGACUGUUUGACAUCAACAAACCUGAGAAGGAGAUUAUUCCUGAGUUCAUGAAGUGCAUCGCUCUCACCCCUCCUGGUCCUCACGCGUUCCUGGUCGUCACCGAGUUAAAACGAUUCUCAAAAGAAGAAGAAGAAAACAUGAAAAUCAUCCAGAAGAUUUUUGGAGAAACAGCAGCAGAUUUCACUCUGGUGCUCUUCACUCAUGGAGACGACCUGGAGGCAGACGGAGCCUCCAUAGAAGAAUUAAUCACAGGGAGAGACGAUGUCAGCCAGUUCAUCACGCAGUGUGGUGGAAGAUAUCAUGUGUUUAACAACAGAAACAAAGAUCGCGCUCAGGUGAAAGAGCUGCUGAAGAAGAUCAACAAGAUGACUGAGAAAAAUGGAGGAAGAUGCUUCACCACUGAAAUGCUGCAGGAAGCAAAGAAGGAGAUUCAGGAAGGAAUACAAGCCGUUCUCAGAGAAAAUCAAACUAUGGGGAACAAAGACAGAGCAAGAGCAUUGCAUGACCAUUUUACCACCCAGAUUAUUAAAAGGCUUGUCUUUCAAGUAGCUGAAAUUCUUUUUCAGAUCAGAAGGAAGCUGAGCUUUGGGCAAUGCGCCGUUAUUGGAGCUGCUAUUGGCUUUGCAGUUGGGAGACGACUGGGGAUAAUAUAAGAAGCUGAUGAAGCUUUGAGUGGGAGCGUUAAUAAUAAUUACUCUGGUUUCUUUACUAAUUGUUUGUUGUUUGUUCCUAAUAGAAUGCAUAAGGCAUAUUACUGAACAGGUUAAACCAAAGCCAACUAGUCUAAUUCCAAACACUGAAAACAAAACUAUCUUCUCUUUAAACAUGCUGGUUUUUAAACAGAUGUGGAUCUCAGGAGCCCCACAGAAGGACGUGCAUGUCAAACCUUUCAUUUGUAAAUGGUCAAUAAGCAAAUAAAAACUCAUUUAAAUGAUAACGUGUCAGAUUUUGGGGGGAUGGAUGAUGUUUCUACAUUACAGUCACAGCUCUGUUGACUCAGAGCCUUGAACGAAGGUGAGAAAUUUGGAACAUCACAAGACUCAGGAGGAUCAGACGGAUCAGGUCUAGACUGAGCAAACUAACUGAACAUGGUUUUCAACAGGUUCACAGCUGUGAGUUUAUGCCUCAUCAUGAAUCUAAACUUUGUUGGAGAGGACUUCCUGCCACAGGCAGAGGAUCUCAGUGUUCACGAGGAAGACCCAGGAACAUGUUGGAGGGACGAUGUUUGACCUGUGACCCUACCCCGCAUAAGCAAGAGAUAAUGGGUGGACCGUAUCUGAAAAUUAAAAUGUUGAUAUUUGUGUUCAUAUCUGGGAGACCCGAGUGAAACACAACCAAGUCGGUCAUUUUGUCUCCUAGUUUCUGUCAGUCCAUUUUCUAUCACUCAUAGAAAAGGGUUCUCUUUAAAAUAUUGACUGAGAUAAAACUAAAACAUCUGAAAUAAGUCCUUGACAAACUGUUUUUUAAACAUAAUGUUUUCUUAACAGGUGGUGAGGAAUCAAACAUAGAU